AUGAACACCUUCCACCAGAUGCCCGCGCCCGCGCCCGCGGCCGGCGCGAAGCCGCAGGCAGGCCAGAGGGCCGCCGACAGCCAGUCCAUCUUCAAGCUUGUGGUGCAGGCGCUGCAGGCCCAGGGCCCCUUUACCGGCUGGCGAGAGGCCUUCCCCAUGCGAGACCGCGCCUUCAAGACAAUGACUAUCAUCUCUGCCCUCCGUCUCGCAAAGCCAAGCUGCGAUCUAGCGACGACCAUCCGGAACGCCCUCAUAUUCGAAGAACGCACUUUUAGAGAGGCCAACGAGAAGGCCGAUUAUGAACGCAUAUUAAGCGAGAGACACACGAAGAUCCGUGAUUCUCGGCAGCAGCAGGCCAUGAUGAUGCAGAAUGGCAUGAUGCAGCAUGCAAACCAGCAACAGCAGCAACAGCAGCAGCAGCAGCAGCAGCAGCAGCAGCAGAACGGGGGCAUGCAGGUUCCCCCCUCGCAGAUGAACUUGCUCGCAGCGAUGCAACGUCAGCAACAGCAGCAGCAGCAACAGCAACAGCCGAUGCAGGGUUCACCGCUCCCAGGACAGGUGCCAAACGGACGUAUGAAUCUUCAACACAUGCAGCCACAGCAGACACAAGCUUCGCCAUUCCUCCCACAGCACAUCGCACGACAGCAGUUGCCUCGCCAAGGACUUGGUAUGCUCCAAGACCUGGGAAAUCUCGCCCCUAAUGAGCUCCAAGAUGUCAACGCUCUGGCGGAUCAGAUGUUCCGUAACACCUCCCCCGAAAACAUGGAGAAGAUCAAGAUGAGCCUGCAGAACAUGCCCCCAGAACAAAAGGAGAUAAAACGGCGGCUGGAACGCAUGGGGCAUGGCGGGAUGGAUCCCGCGCAGCAGGCCACGAUGAUGGCCCAGAUGAGUGGCCAGCCUAUCAUGGGAAUGCAGCAGCACAAUAUCCCCAUCAGUCAGCCAGAACUUGCCUUUAACGGCAAUAUAGACCAGAUCCAGGGCCAGCAGGAAGACGGUCUGCGUUCACAGGAGGCUGGCCAGCUUGUUGUGCCUGCGACUGCUAACCCGCCCAACGCUACAAUGCUAAACCCCCAGUUUGCUGCAGCUCAGGCUCAGCGCUUCCAGAACCAGCAGCAGCAGCAGCAGCAGCAGCCAGGAACUAGGCCUACUAUGAAUCCUGCGUUACUCGCACAGCAGCAACAACAGCAACAACAAAAUUCAAUGAACAAAGGUGCACAUUUCCAGAUACCGCCUGAACAGGCACGUAACCAAGCCGCUAUGAACAACCAGCUCGCCAUGUCUUCACAGCCAAAUCAGCCAAACCAGAUAGCACAGCAACUACCGCCUCAGGGGCCAACUCCCGCCAUGCCUAUGCCCGCUAAUUCCACCGGCCAGCCUCCGCAACAGCAACCUGCCCAGGCUGGCGGAGCAGCCCGUCCUAUAGUUCCCCCUAAUUUCCCCCAACAACUCCGCGACCAGCUCUCACAGAUGACUCCGCAGAAUGCAGCCGCUUUCCUGGAAAGCUAUACCAAACAGUUGAGAUUUCGACAGGCCGCUGAGAACCGCGCGAACCAGCUAGGUGUUGCCGGACAGAAUCAGGUCCCUCAGCCAGGUCAGCCACCACAGCAACAGCCCGCGGAUCCAAAUCAACCACCCCAGAACCUGAACCAAGGCCUGCAAUUCGGCGCUGACCCGAACAUGCGCAAUACCAUGGCAAUGCAACAACAUAUCAUGGGCCCAGGUGGAGUGCCCAUGCGCCCACAGACAUCACAGCAACCACAGCAACAACAGCCACAGCCAGGCAUGCCGCAAGCUCAACCCACCCAGCACCCUGCAUCAUCCCCCUUUCAACCUCAGGCUCAACCUCAGUCUCAGACAGACAUUGCCCGCCAACAAUUCAUGCGAGAACUUUCCGAGGAUCAAAUCCGCGAAAUGGACCGCCUUCCUUUCCCUCCAAGCAUCUUCAACCCCAACAUGGCAGGCAUGCCAAAUCCUCCUCCUGUUCCCAAAAUCCUCAAGACAUGGGGUCAGCUUAAGCAGUGGGCUAGCCAGAACCCCCAGGCUAUGGGCCAACUCACAAUGCAGAGACUGCUUGCACUUCAGAAGAUGCAUUUCCACGGCGUGCAGAAGGAGAUAGCUAGCCGAUACCAGGCCCACGCUCAGGCCCAAGCUCAAGCUCAGGCGCAGGCACAGGCACAGCUAGCAGCAGCACAGGGACAUGGCCCGAAUUUCAUGCCCCAGCAGCUUCAGUCGCCCUUCCAGCCACCGGGACAACCCCAGCAGGCCCAGCAGCAACCUCAGCAGCAAGCCCAGCAACAGCAAAAUGCCAAUGCUCAGCAGCCGGCCCCAGGGUUCAACCAGCAAGCUUUCCAACAACAGCCCAGAACUACCCAACCAGGGCAGCAACCGGGACAGAUGGGUCAGUUCGCUCAGCAACUGGGUCAACCAGGACAGCCAGGCCAGCCGGGGCAAGUACCGGCAGGAAUGUUCCGGCCUGUCACCAUGAAUGACAUACAGAUUGCACGGCAACAGCUAGGCGUACGAGCACAGAAGUUUAGCGAUGAAGCACUGAGGGUUAUACUGGAAAAGAACCGACAGAAACAGAUCCUCAAGGCCCGCGGUAUCCCAACGGGCCAGCCUCAGAACCAGGCUCAGCUACAGGUUUCGGGAUUCAUGCCUCAGCAGCAACAACAACAACAACAACAACAACAACAGCCGCAGCAGCCGCCGCCACAGCAGCAGCAGCAGCAACAGCAAUCACAGGCAGGUCCUAUGCAAAACCUUGGCCUUGGAGUCUUACCCGAAUAUCCCCCAACUUCUCAGCAGCAGCAGAACAUGCAGCCGCCCAUCUCCUCUAGUCCAAUGCAGCCAGGCAUCACUCAGCCAAACUCCACCCAACCCAUGGUCAAGCCCGUGGUAGCUCCUACAACAGGGCCCCCACCAGCUAAACAACGGGUCGUUCCAACAACCAAGCCUACACCAGUCCCGGUCUCUGUUCCCGCUCCACCUCAGGGCCUAAAACGACCUAACCCAUCCGACACUGAAUCCCGGCCUGGCGCAAUGGAAUCAACCCCCCAGCCAAACCCCAACGUCAAACCCAUGCCUAUUCCCAUGCCACAGUUUACUCCAGCCCAAGUAGCGGCCAUGAACCCCCAGCAACGGGCCCAGGUCGAAGCACACCUUCGCCGCCAAGCGCAAAUGAUGGCCCAAGGCCAACUUCAACUGCCCAACUUAUUCCAGCGACGCACAAAGGAGGCAACGGUUGAAGCUUGGUCACGGCUUCCCGACCCCAUCAAGCGCGCGUAUGAUGACGAAGUUCGAAAUGAUACUGAAUUUGCCCCUGUGCCUAUGACGCCAGAGGAAUACGCUACUGCAUCUCAGCAACUUAGAGACGGUGUUGAUAUGAUUGCUAAUAUGGAUGCCUUGAUUCUUUGGUUUGCCAAGUUUAGGGAGCAGGAACGCUCCCUGAGAAUGCUGAUGCAAAUGAGGAUGAAGUUGAUAAAACAAUUCAAGCCGAAUGACUGGACGGUCGCGGACCAGCUUACUUGCAAGUCCGAAUACGUUGGCUCUGCUCUAACAUUUAUCCAACGCUGCUAUAUGGUAAUGAUCUCCCGUCGACCAAAUGCACAAAACCAGCAGGGAAUGCAACAGGCUCAACAGGUUCAACAGGCUCAACAGGUACAGCAGCAACAGUUCCAGAUGCAUAUGCAACAGCAAGCUCAAGCAGCCGGACAAGCUCAUAUGCUACAGGCGCAGCAAGCUGCUGCUGCUGCUGCUGCUAAUACCGCAAGAGUUUCUGCUAGCCCUCAGACCCCAGCUCAGACAAGCGUGCCUCUCAAUGCUGUUAACCUCCAGCAACUUGAGCAACAAGAGCGAGCCAAACGAGGGCAAUCUCAGAACCCCGUCCCACCGACUGCCCCCACUACCCGACAGCCGCCAUAUCAGAUCGGCGCCACGUCUCCACAGGGCAUCCCUCGCGCUUAUGGGCCCCACCAUGUAACCAAGGAGAAUCUCAUGAUCCCAGACCCGAAGAGGCGAAAGAAGCGUGCCAACGAGUCACCCGUUAAGACCAACAAGUCUCCCGCGAGCAAGAAUCAGCAACUCAAGGCCACUCCACCUGCCACAACACCAGUGGCCACCACUAAGAACGCAACUCCACCAGCACAAGUGUUCAGAUGCAGAGUCAGUGACUGUUUGCAGCGUUUCAGGGGCUUCCCGUCCCAGGCGGCAUUGGACCAACACGUUCAAGAAACGCAUACAGCUGAAGAACCUAUCGGAAACCCUCUUGACUACCUUCUGGAAAGCUUCAAAGUUGGGUUCGGUACGAACAAGGCUGCCAGCCGGUCCGCUGGAGCCGAUGCGAAGGCUGUACCUGCUACUACGGGUCCAAGCUCCGUAGCAAUGAAACCCUCGCCUUCUCAGCAGGAGAAGUCGUCUGCCCUUAAGAACUCUGCCAGCACCGGUAAUGACAAGAAAGAUGCUACUGCAGCAGCCACAUCGCCCGAGCUACCUGCUACUACUAAGGGUCCCUGGUCUGAUAUUCCUAUCACCCUCGAGAUGAUACGCAUCGCUUUCACCGAUCUCGGCGACGAAACCUCCUGCGGCCUCGUCAUGGAUCCUGUGGAUCAAGUCAUUGCAGACAAACUCACUGCCCUUGACAGUGAACUCUUUGCAGAAAUGACUGCCAAAGACCCAUCCUCUGGUCCACGUCAACAACCGUCAGACGAUACCCCAGCAUCCGCCUCAUCUGCAAUGAUGCAAACCCCACGAGACGGCGAGAUGAAGGACGAAGAAUUGGCUACUGACACUGAUAGCUGGAUGCCACUCGAUUGGGAUAAUCUCCCCGAAACUCUCGACGACGACAUGCUCAUGGCCGACGGAUGGCAAAGCGUCAAUUGGGAUGCAAUGGAACUCAACGACAAUCUCACCGAUGAUUCCAAGAUCCGCCCUGAGAGACCGAUCUACUCUAUCUAA